UUACCGUUGUUUGUAUACAAAACAAAUUUUUCCUUUUUUCACUUUUGUCUACAUUUUUCUUUUUUGAAUAAUUUUUAGUGAAUAAAAAGAAAUGAAUUUUAAUUUAGACGAUCCAUUAGCUGAUUUAUUAAGUGAUAAUAGCAAUGACAAUGAUAGUUUCUUUGAUAAUCAACCGGGUAAAAAGAAAAUCACAUCAAAAGCGCCAUCGUCAGCGGUGGUGGGGGGAAGAACUACCGGAGGAAAGGGUAAAAUGGAGGAUUUAUUUGGGAUUAAGGAGGAAUCUGAACCACAAUUUAAAGUUCCUCCUAUAAGAACAAAUUUUAUGGCUAAUAAAAAAGAAGAUACUCCAAUAGCUUCAAGCACUCCGAAGAAAAAAUCAACCAAAGUUGAUGAAAAUGUUGAUAUUCUCUCAGAUUUAGGUUUUGAUCCGAAAAAUCCUAAAUCUACAGUUGCUUCGAAGUCGAAUUUAUUCGAUGACAUUUUAAGUUCUAUCGAACCAUCGAAAAAGUCAUCUGUUUCGAGUAAAAUUGACGAUCAGAAUGUUCGAAGGGAUGAGGGUAUUAUGUCCACUAGAGGAACUAUUUCUCGUCAAUCGACAGAAACCACUGAUAACUCAGGAGUUGUUAUUGGACAAGCGCGUCCAAAAACAUCAACUGGCAGAAGAUCAUCUACAGCUUCGCCAGCGAAAAAUAAUACUUUUGAUUUAUUUUCUCGAGAAACUGAUGUUUUACGAGUUCCAACACCAAAAUCGAGAAAAAAAGGUUCCACAGCUGAUUGGCUUGGAUUGGGUCAUGAAUCUGAGGAAGAACAACCUUCAGGUAAUGUUGAAGUUGUUCGAAUUCCUGAGAAUUUGCCUAAAGUUGAAAUAUUGAAAAUUAAUGAAGAAGUUGAUGUUGAGACAUUUAUUGCUCCUGAUGAGCAUUUACCUCCAGAGCAUUUACCUAAUACUAUUCCCAUCCCAAUCAAUAGUCCAUCGGUUUCUCAUCUAAUGACAACAGCUAAUAUAGGAACACAAAAUGUAGCCAAUAUCAUUGACCAGCAAGUCACUCAAUUAACUUUAGCCACUCAGAUGAAAAAUCAAGAGGCUGCUUUGAUGGAAAUGCAAAAGAGGCAAUAUGAGCUUAUUUCCCGACAAGAAACACAAUUUAAUGAGUUGUUAAAAAAGCAAGUUUCUAGGCAAAAUCAAUUAGAACAGAGUAUAAAAUCACAACAAGAACGAAUUAAUGCUCAUAUACAGCUUUUGUUGAGUCAACCUGUUGUAGCUAGUGGAUAUCCAGUGAAAGAUAGUCAACAAGAUGAGCAAAAUAAUAUUGAAUCACAAGAGAAGUCGGAAGCCUUUAUUGAACUUCAAGCUGAUGUAAAGCGUUUAGAGCUGGAAAAAUUGCGAUUGGAGGACUUGGUGUCAACAAUCAAUGGAAAUUAUGAAAAGGAAAUCGAGUUGAUAGAGAAGUCUUUCAGGAAACAAAUUGAAGUUCUUGAAGACCAUCUAGCUUCCGUAGAAUCUCGUUUGAAAAACGAAAAUGAAGCCUUACACGAGUUCUAUAAUAACAAGCUUAAAACUGCCAAUAACGACCGAAUUGAAAUGCAAUCCCGUUUGGAAGGUUAUUUAAAUGAUUUGAGAAAAUCUCACGAAGAUGAAAUUCGAAGACUCAAACAAGCACAUGAAGAAGAUAUGGAUGGUCUAAAAGAUGACCAUCGAAAGAUGAUUGAAACAAUCCGACAAUCGAAACUCUUUGAGUUUGCUGCUGUCCAAGAGAAUGGUUCAUACUUGGAAACUCUACGAAUGGCAUCAACAAAUCUAGAAACAGUUACAGGAGAUCUUCAAUCUCUUCGAUCUGAAAUGGAACGUAAAAUAGAUAUUAUUCAUCGAGAAAGAGAGAUUAAGUUAGAUUCACGUGAAAAGAAAAUUGAAGAUGCCGAAAGAAGACUUCAAAUGAUGGAGAAUUCAAAUGAAGAAGAAAAGACACGUCUUAUGGAUUUAGUGACUACUUUAGAGAGUCAACUCAAACAGUUAUCUAAAGAUUCAUCUGAAGAAAACUGGGUUAUGCGACAGAAAAUGGCAUCUCUUGAAACAGAGAAGAUGUCAUUUGAAAAAGAAAAAUCUUUGGCUAGAGAACAAAUAACCAAAGAUGAGAAGAGAAUUGAAGAACUCAAAGAGAGUCAAUUAAGAGAAACUCAACGUCACAUGGAAGAGAUUCACCAGGAACGUGUUCAAUUGGGUAUUGAAAAAGCCAAAAUAGAAACUGCCAAAAAACUUGAAUCCAGUUCUAGUCUUGAACAAUCUAAACAAGAAGUUGAAGCAUCUUUGAAAGUUGCCCAAGAUGUAACUCGACAAGCUGAAGCAGAGCGGGAACGAUAUUUCAAACUUCAACGUCAAUUUGAAGCUCAAAAACGAUCAUUAGUCGAUAAGGAAAAUACAAUACGUUUCAAAGAGCAAGAAUUAGAACAGAAUAUAUUACAAGCUCGUGCAAGCGAACGUAGAGCUAAUGAAACAACACAAAAAGCUCGACAAGCUGAACAAAAUUUCCAUGAAAAAGUAUCAUUUCUUCAGCAAAAAUUAAGAGAAUUAAGUGAAAAAGAAUCACGUCUUUCACAAGAACGUUUGAAACUUUCCCAAGAUCGUAUCGAUUUACAAAAUUUGAAAUCAAAACUUGAUCAGAAUAGAUGUAGUUUAUGUCGAAUUGGUGAAAGAAAUGGAGAAUUAUCACAAGUUUUAAGAUCAAAUAAUAGAAUUACCGAUGGAAUACCAUUAAUCGAUGAUCAUCAAUACUUUAUGGAACGAUCUGGCAAUGAUGUAGAUCGAUUAAUAGAUGAAAAUGUAUCAAAUUCACUUGAAAGACUGAGAAAUCUUAAUUUGAGUGAGCAGGAUAGAAUGUUGGAAGUAAUUAGUAAUGGCGAUCCAUCGAUACUUGAUUAUGAUUUUUCAAAAUUUGCUCCAACUAAUGAAUUUUUAGAAAAUUAACUAGUCUAAACUUUCUAAUUUAAUAAAUUAAUUUAAAUUUUUGUAUUUUAUACUCUGAUAACUUUUCUCAUUCUAGUGGUAUCAUAAAUAAAAUUGGUAAAAAUUA